AUGGCGGAAAUGACGGAUAAUUUGGAUCAGGAUGUGGUAAAUAUAGUUGGUAAGGCUAUCGGACGAUCUGUUACGGCCAUUCGUGAGGGACAAAUAUCACCAACUGACCGGAAAGUGGCUGAAAUGAUGGGUCAGCUGGAUCAUGAUGUGGACAAUAUUGUUGGUAAGGCCAUCGGACGAUCUGUUACGGCCAUUCGUGAGGGACAAAUAUCACCAACUGACCGGAAAAUGACUGAUAUGUUGGAUCAGGAUGUGGACAAUAUAGUUGGUAAGGCUAUCGGACGAUCUGUUACGGCCAUUCGUGAGGGACAAAUAUCACCAACUGACCGGAAAGUGGCUGAAAUGAUGGGUCAGCUGGAUCAUGAUGUGGACAAUAUUGUUGGUAAGGCCAUCGGACGAUCUGUUUCGGCCAUUCGUGAGGGACAGACAUCACCAACUGACCGGAAAGUGGCUGAAAUGUUGGAUCAGGAUGUAGACAAUAUAGUUGGUAAGGCCAUCGGACGAUCUGUCACGGCCAUUCGUGAGGGACAGACAUCACCAACUGACCACAGGAUAAGAUGCAGUAAGGAAAUACCUAUAACGAAUGGAACCGGAAAUGAUGUACAAACACAAAAGGUCAAACAGACCUUCACAACAGAUAUAGAUCAAAAGAUGAAGAAUCCGACAAUCGUGGCUUCACUUCAGAACAAGGUCUCUGGUAAAGGAAAGAAAAACAUGUUGGAACGCUAUCUGGAUAGAAUACUCGGAAGAGAUAAGCAAAAACCAAAGAAGGAAAACACAGAAUUGAACGACAGCGCCCCUAGUGGAGGAAGUAAGAAACGUUCAUCAAAGGCCCAUAACAAACGAGACUGGAUACUGAAGCACAUUCUGUGUUGUUUUGUCCAACAGACGGCGACAGUGGAGCCUGCAAACCACUAA